AGGAGGAGGAGGAGAUGGCGUGGUCCCUCCAUGGCGAGUGCCGGGCUGCGGGCUUGCGCUGCUUCGCAUCCCCCGGGUUAUCGCCGCAUCCCGAGGUCUGGCCUUCCCCUUUCCCCUGGUUACAGCAGCUGAUAGUGAGGCAGUGCAGACACCCUGCUCCCUCCCGCCCCAGGGGCAGGCGGGGAGCAGAGGCCACCCUGUCCCUCCUACCAGGCCAAGGGGUGCCAAAGACGAGGGCAUCAGGGGCUGCCAUGGAGGGGAAGGGGCUGGUGCCUCCUGUUCCACAUCCUGCUCCGUCACUGGAAGAAGCAUCAAGAACCUUCCCAAUGAAGGGAAGGUCUGGUAAGGACCACCAAGCCACACUUGGCCCUAGUUCACCUGGAGGUCUGUAGGGCACAGAUUCUGUCACAGGGGUGGAUGUGCUGGGGGAGCAGGGGAGCUACGUGGAUCGAUGUCAUAUUUUGCCACAUGAGCUGGCACAUUUGAUGUCCAGGGCAGUGGUGGUGGAGCUGAACAUCUGGAGAUGGGCUCCCUGGAUAGCUUGUCUGCCCACCCCAUGCUCCAACACUGGUGGAGGGCAGAAAUGGGCUCGAUAGAAACCAAAACCUGCUUUCACCUCCUUCCCUGGUUCAGACGCAGUUGGAAAAACACAAUCUGCUCUGUGCUGUGCUGCUAACAAUGAAUUAAUCACACCUAGGAAUAGAAAUUAAUUGCUUGUGCUCUGGAAGGUUUAGACCCAUAUCCCAAGGAUGAGGCAGGGUCCAGGGUCACCAUGGUGGGACAUUUAUGUUCCCCGGAAUUGUUGGAUGACACACCUCAAGCACCCAGCAUCAAGGGGUACCCACAGGGCCCACCGGGGUCCCAAGACCCUUUCUCCUUCCAUCCUCUCUCUCCCACUGAAAAACAAUGGGAUCUUUCUCUGCUGCCCCCUCCUCACUGGAGCAGGGGAGCGGCUGAGCCCACAGGAAGGCUGGGCAGAGAGGAGUUAACUCCAAACCCAACCUCAGGGAGAGGGGAAAAAAAAACAACCAUGAACAACCAGAGAUCAAUGGAUCAGCAGCAAGAGCAGGGGGAGGGAAAAGGGGGAGACAGAGAGAGAGAGAGCAGCGGAGCUCCAGAAGCAGAGACACAGGCGUGGGAACCGGGAGAAGAGAGAGCAGAGCUGGCUGCCAGGACAGAGACAGCGAAGCACCGGGCAGGGGUGGCAGCGUUGCCCGGACAAAACUCUUCAGCAGACCACAUUCUCCUCACCACUGCUGCCCAGCUGGACCAGAGGUCUCCCCCUGAGCAAGCGGCAAGGCUGCAGGCCCUUCCUUGCAGAGGUCCCUGCAGUCUGAUGGGGAGAUGCCAGGAGGCUGGAAUGCCUCCUCUGACAGCCCAGAGCUGCGAGCUGCAGGGAUUAUCGUGCCCGUCAUCUUUUCCCUCAUCUUCCUCCUGGGCACUGUGGGGAACGGGCUGGUGCUGGCCGUGCUGCUGCGGAAUGGCCAAGUCAAGUACAACACCACCAACCUCUUCAUCCUUAACCUGGCUAUGGCUGAUCUGUGCUUCAUUGUCUGCUGUGUCCCAUUCCAGGCCACCAUUUACACCCUGGAUGGGUGGCUCUUUGGGGCCUUUGCCUGCAAGGCUGUGCAUUUCCUGAUCUACCUCACCAUGUAUGCCAGCAGCUUCACCCUGGCUGCUGUCUCCGUUGACAGGUACCUGGCCAUUCGCUAUCCACUGAAGUCCCGGGAUCUCCGCACCUCCCGGAAAGCAGGAGUGGCCAUUGUAGCAAUCUGGUCACUGUCCCUGCUCUUCGCAGGGCCUUACCUCAGUUACUACCAGGUUGUCCAUUACCAUGGGGUGCCCAUCUGUGUCCCCAUCUGGGAGGACCAGCGCCGAAAGAUUCUGGACAUCCUGACAUUUGUCUUUGGAUACCUCCUGCCCGUGACUGUGGUAAGCCUGGCAUACGCCAGGACCAUCAAGUUCCUGUGGACCUCUGUAGACCCCAUAGAAAGGAUCUCAGAGUCACGGAAGGCCAAGCGUAAGGUGACCAAGAUGAUCGUGGCUGUGGCCAUCCUGUUCUGCCUCUGCUGGCUGCCCCACCACCUGGUCAUCCUGUGCUUCUGGUUUGGCCACUUCCCCUUCAACCGAGCCACUUAUGCCUGCCGCCUGGCUUCCCACUGCCUUUCAUAUGCCAACUCCUGCCUCAACCCCAUCGUCUACGCCCUCAUCUCCAAGCAUUUCCGCAAGCGUUUCAAGCAGGUCUUCACCUGCCUCUUCUUCCAGAACAAGACCAGGAAGAAGAAGAGAGUUGGAAAGAAAGUCCACAUGGUCAGUGUGGGCAAAGGUUUCACCAACAGCACCAGAGGUUUCUAUGGAGGCAACAUUGAGGUGACCCAGGACCCAGAGGGGAGCAACAGGAAGAGGGACCUCGAAGGUGCCAGUCAUGAUGCCAGAGCAUGGACCCAGCAGGUACCAGAUGCUAUGGUCUUUGUUCAUAAGGAGCUCCUGGAAGAGGAAAGUUUGGCAGUAGCUGGUCAUCCCCUUGCCAUAACCCCUCCAAGAGGAAUUCAGGAGUUUCUGACUGUUCAUUACAGAUGAGCACAGUGAAGAAACCUGUUUUUCAGCCUGUGAGUAACCACUCCAUUCCCAAAAGGGCAGAAUAAUGUAAGGCAGAGGGGAAUGGAUGCAGCAGAGCCACUGAAAGAUUCUGAGGCUCCUGUUAACCCAUUGUCCCCACUCACCUCCCCUCACUGGCCCACAGCAUUCAUCUAGGAAUGGCACAAUCCAAACAUAUGGAUGCAGAGCAGAUGUGAUGCCAAAUGACCUGGCUGCCAUUCUUGCAACAGGUUUGAGAGCCUCCGUUUCCCAACUUCCUAGCUUGCUAAUUUUGUGCAGCACCUUGGAACCCUAAGAGGGAAGCAGUCAAAGUGAAAGCAUCCUGGUUGGAAAUCCAAGCAGUUAAGGGCACAUGAGAGCAUGGGUGGGAAGGGUGGAGGGAGUGCGUGGGGACCUGAGUGUGAACAGGGGAGCUGGCAGGCUCUCUCCCUGGCAGUGUUGGGGUGUUGUUUCCAGCCCCAAGUGAUGAAACACUGUCCCCUGCCCACCUGCCUGUCUUGUCCCAUGGUCUGGGGACAGCCUAGUUCACUUCCAUGCCUUUCCAUAGCCCCUGCAUCCAGAUCAGAGAACCUUUGCCACAUUGACUUUCACACAAGGAAGUCAGCUGUCUGUGCCAACAGCUCACUGACCCAAACUCUGCAGCAGUCACUAAUCAUGCACUAAUGAUUUAAGCCAUGGCAGGUGAAGAACAGGAAGGCUUGUGUGCCAACUCCUCUGUGUGCCUCCCCUCUGCACAUGUGGCUUCUCUGAAGUUCAAGGAGGAAAGGACUGUCUGUCCAGUCUCUUUCCUCCACCCUGCCCCACCAGAAGUACUCACUGGAAGGUGUUUCCUAGAGCUCUGUUCCACCUGGCUUUAGCUCUUGAGAGCAGAUCCUGCAGGACCCUGUCCCACUUCCUAAUGCAGCUUGCAGUUCAGAAAUAUUUCCCAAGAGUCAUCCCCAGUUCUUCCCAAGCAUACCUGGUAAGUCCUCCUGCCAAGUUGUAGCACUCAAUCUGCCCCUCUGCUUACUUUCUGUUUGCCUUUUGCAAAUUCCUGAGGGAUUGCUGCCUCCUCUUUGAUCUUUGCUUGCUACUUGGACUUUCAUUCCUUCCUUCUGGGGCUGAAGGACCUGUUGCUUUCUGAGCAGUGAUGUUAUUCAUUGAUAUUAGCCACAUAAAUGUGGUUUACUGACUUGGCCAGACAGUUUUUUCCAUGUGAUGGUGAUGAUUGUGGGCAAAUUGAGGGCUGUCACCAAAGCAGAAGAAAGCAGCUAAGUUGCAAAAUGACCUGUGGAGCCAGAUGAUAGUUGUGGUCAGAUGAAGGAGAAAGAAACAGACCCAUGUGCACUUAGUUCAAUUCCAUCUCCUCAGUGUCCCUUUCUCCCUGAUGGAGAGGGCCUCCAGGAGACCUCAGCAGGUUGGGACAUCUUGAAGACAGCAACUGCUGCAGGAUUGUUGUGACACCCAUGUCUACCUGGGAGCAAAACCUUCCCCUGCUCUGUCCCUGCUCCCCUCAGUAGCCACAGAGGAGCCUUUGACUGUGAUAGCACCUUGACAACACCUCGCAGCAAGGCCAAGCAUCUGCCAGCCUGAUUACAGGAAGGAUGGGAAGUGCCACAGGGAUGAUGUGGUGGGACAAACAUCAUGUUCACCAGAAGGUGCUGGAAUUUUUUCUCUGCUUGACCUGAAUAAACCCCAGUAAUUUCCUUCACCUGCCACUUUUGCUGUGUGCUGGAUACAAUCUCUGCCUGGCGUGGGGCUCUGCGGUUUGGGCUGGAGGUGGUGGACACUAUAGGA